AUGCCUUUUAUUGUAGAAGCCAUACAAAUUUUUGUAAAAGUUGAUGAUAAACUCAAGAAAUGUGUUUCAACUAAAAUUAAAAUUGAGUCAGAUGAAGUGAGGAAUACCUUGGGCAAGUUAAAGACAGGUGUAGAGAUUGCGAUUGUUAAGUCUCAUAAAAAUUUAAAAGAUGGAGAAAUGAUAAAACAAGGAAAUAAAUUAUUUAAUGAUUUUGAAUUAUUUGGUGGUGAAUAUGCUUUUGAAGAUGUGGUAUGUGUUCUUGAGUUAUUGCCAUUAUUUGAUGAUGAAAAAAUAACUGAAAAUAAAAAUACGUUUAAUACAAAUGUAACAGAAUAUUUGAAUCAAAGAGAAGUUAAGCAUUUGUCGAAAAAUAUUUUAUUUAAUGAAAACUGGCAAAAAUGGUUUUUAUUCGAUGGAAAAUUUUAUAAGGUCGGGGAAAAUGGAAAAGCAGAUUACUAUAUAGAUUAA